GUGUUUUACCAACGAAAAGUACUUUACCAACAGAAAAUGAAGGCCAACAUCCUCUUCCGCAUCGCAACCUCCCAUGAUGCCCUCCGUAUCCAAGAACUGAUCGAAUCCGCCUUUCGUGCUCAAGAUACUCGCCCCAACUGGACCGACGGACUGGACCUAACCUCCCAUUUCACCCUUGGUAUCGACGAAGUGCUAUCCACGAUCAACGCGCCAGAUACCGCGACCCUGAUAGGCUUCAAUGAAGACGAAACCCUCGUGUCUUCUGUCUCUGUCUCAAGGAAGACCGACUCCACCGCCCGUCUCUUCUGGUUGGCAGUUCACCAGAAUUACCAGCGGGGAGGACUAGGGCGUCAAACUCUUGCAUACGCGGAAACCUACUCACGGCAGACAUGGGCUGUUGACAUGAUGGGGCUGAAUGCUCUCUCCACCCGCGUGGAAUUGAGACGUUGGUACGUUCGUCAUGGAUAUCGCGAGACGGGAGAGACCAGUCCGUUUCCGCAGGAGCAAGUUCGUGCUCUGCACUUGCCGCCAGAGCUUUGUUUUAAUGAGUUCAAUAAAAACCUGUCAUAAUGGAAGAGAGAGAGAUUAGAGAAUGCGUGGACGGAAACGGUGGGGUUGGCUAUGGACGGCCCGUGCCGACCGAAAGUCCGGGGAAUGUCGGGAACCUGCCUAAUUCGGCGUGUCAUACUCCUUGUUCUGUAGUCAUAUUGUUCGCCGUGGGAAUAGUGAUUUUGGUUGAUAUGAGGUAGAG